AUGUCAACUGACGAUCUCCCCUUCGAUGUUGUCCCGCUGGACGCGGGUCUCAGCCUCAAGUUCUACGAAGCCGUUUUCUUGCUUCACUCCUUGAAGGAAGUCAAGUACCAUGCGGAGAGCGUCAAGGAACCGGAGCCCGACCUCGAAUCCGACAUUGGAAAAUCCUCGAGGAACUCAUUUCGAUGCUUCGUUGACAAGCUCGGCCAGAUCUGCGACAGCGAGCUGAGAGGCAAGACUGUUACAGCAUUCGCUGUCCUCCAGCCUGGCCAGAUUGAGUAUCGGUUUGCAUCCAACCAGCGGACCAACGAGGAGCUAGAAGAUGUCAAGAGGUACAUCGUCAAAAUUCUGGACAUCCUGGGCAGCACUCCUGACGACCAGUUGAACGGAGUGUUUGGGGCGGUUCUUGAGAGGGUCAUAGCGUUCAACCGACCUGUGAUCAAACAGUACAUCAAGAACUUGACCCAACAGGAAAGGAUGGAUCACUGCACAAAAGUAUGUGAAGAGGAGGACAACUCUGAAGGUCGGGAAGCUGCUCGUGAUAUCAACUCUCUGAGAAAAUUUGCCUGGUUGUCAGCGUCAGGAGAAGAACCGAGUCUAGAGAGCUGCUUCAUCCGCGACAAGGCCCGGGCAGACAGGGACCCCACCACCAAGACACCAUGGAGCGAGCUACGGCACGCCUUUGGCCGCCUUCACUCCUACACUGUUGCCGUCACGGUGCUCAUGUCGAUGCGGCGUCGGCGCCGGGAGCUGUUUGAAGACUUCGAGGUUGUAGCUGUUCCAUCUAGCGUUCGAACUGACUGUCCGAGUGUUCGUCGCUCCGUUGAUGGUAUCAUAAAACGCUUUCCUCCGGAAAUGGAAAUGGCUCAAGCAUGCAUUGCCAAUCUCCCGAAAGAGCAGCGGAAAGACAUCGAAGACAAGAUCAAGGCGUACGCCAAGGGUAAAUGCAAGCCCUAUGUUCAUGCUGAAUUGGUGUUACUCGACUCAAUCCUCACUGAGGAACAGCGCGGGGGCCUACCGCUGCGCUUCUUUGCCGAGGCGGACUAUGAUCGCUAUAUCGGCUGCAGCAAGCCUACUUGCCGUCUGUGCAAACUGUAUGUCGACAAUCAUCCGAGCGGAGUCGAAUUCCGCCAUGGUCAUGGUAACAUCUACCAUGAGUGGCGCGCGCCGGAUAUCUGCGACGAAGACGGCGUCAAUGUUGCUAAAGCAAACAAGACAAGAGAGAAUAUCCAUUGGAAGAUGCUGGCGACACUGAGGCAGAUGAUCCGGAGGACUAUUACUGAGAAUGUGGCUGAGAGGAGGCACCACGAUUCCAACUCGAGCCAGACCCGCUACAUCGGAGGGGGAAGCUCUACUUCUUAUAACCCACACCUCGGAGCACAGGCUUCUCCCGAUAGCAUGGACAGUAUCUCGACGAGGGGCGCGAUGGAUGACUCGGAUGAUGUGACGACUAGAUUCGGAAGGCUGUCGAUUGUCGGUGAUAGUGGUCGGUCUUCGUCUUCGACAUCAGUCAGCAGAAGCUCGCAAGACACGAUUCCAGUGCCGGAGCGUAACCCGGGUUCCCCGUUUGCAUCGUCUGUCAAGCCUUCGAUGGACAAAAGACAACGACCUCUGAUCAUCGAGGUCGAGGAGUAG